CACGGGGAGGAAGGCAGAGUGAAAAGCAGGAGCCGUUUCAUAGUUCUGUAACUUCUGCUUCAGCCAUGAAGAGGAAGGAGCUGAUGAUCAUACACGGCCUUCUGGUUCUUGGAUGGUUCAUAGCCUCUGCAGCCGGCCGCAUCACGCCGCAGGAGAAGGCGGAGUCGGUGACGCCGAUCCCGACACUGUCGCCGCCGGAAGGCAACAUGACGUUCAUCAACGGCGUGACGUGGUGCGUGGCGCGGCCGGGCGCUUCCCAGGAGGACCUCCAGAACGCGCUGGACUGGGCGUGCGGCCCCGGCGGCGCCGACUGCUCCCAGCUGCAGCCCGGCGGCCGGUGCUACCAGCCCAACACGCUCCUCACCCACGCCUCCUACGCCUUCAACAUCUUCUACCAGCAGAACGGCAACUCCGACAUCGCUUGCAACUUUGGCGGCGCCGGAGCACUCGUCAAGCGGGACCCAAGUUUCGGAUCAUGCAAGUUCCUGGCAUCAGAGACUUCUGCAGCUGCAUCCUCGGCGAUGUUGGGAAGGGCGUGGAUGGCCAUAGUCGCUGCAUCUCUGAUCGCGCUUCGGUUGAUAAUUUAGAAACUCGAGACCUCGUGAUGUAUGCUAUGCAUCGUCUGAUCAAGCACUGGAUGUGUAAAAAAUGUGAUGUGAUGAAACAUCAGUGGUUUCGUCAUGUGGCUCUGUAAACAACGGUGCUACUUUUUCGUGUAUAAAUUUUGUUAUUACGAAUGUAAUAGUCAUGUUCUUUAGAAAUAAACAAUGGUGUUUUUUUCCUCGAACUA